AUGAUGAUGAUGGCCACUCACUCUCUCAAUCUGCUUCCCACUCCACUUAGACCAAAUCUCCUCAGAUUCGAUUCAUCCUCAAAAAACCUGACGACUUGUGUAGGAAUAAGGUCCACAACCCCUCGGAAGAGGCAAAAUCUGAGCAUCAGAUCCGUAUUCACGGGAAUCGUGGAAGAAAUGGGUCAAGUGAAGGACCUUGGAUUAGCUGCCCACGGCGGAUUCGACCUCAAAAUCGGCGCCAAAGUGGUGCUCGAGGACGUGAAGCUCGGCGACAGCAUCGCCGUCAACGGAACCUGCCUAACCGUCACGGAGUUCGACUCCGAGGAGUUCACCGUCGGGUUAGCACCGGAGACCCUGCGAAAGACUUCGCUGGAGGAGCUGGAGAGAGGAUCUCCGGUGAAUCUGGAGCGUGCGCUGCAGCCGGUUGAGGGGGAUUCGCUGUGGGUGAAGGUGAAGGCGGGUGAGGGUUUGUUGAAAUACAUUGUCCCCAAGGGGUUUGUGGCUGUGGAUGGGACGAGUUUGACGGUUGUGGAUGUGUUUGAUGAUGAGAGCUGCUUUAAUUUCAUGCUCGUUGCGUAUACGCAGCAGAAGGUGGUGAUUCCCACUAAGAAAGUUGGACAGAAAGUGAAUUUGGAGGUUGAUAUCAUGGGAAAAUAUGUUGAGAGGCUUCUCACAACUGCCGGCUUUUCCGUGAACACGCCACAGCUGGAGAAGCGUGUUCUUGUGUAA